UUAUGUAUUUUUAGUUCCAAACAGAACAUAAAUCUCUCCCCAUUUCCCAUCCUCUCACCCUCCCAAUUCCCAAAUUCUUCCCCCUAACUUCCAGCUUAUUACUCUCCCAUGGCUGCUUUGACUUCGAUUAACGGUGGCCGCUGUGAGGCCGGUGAAGUACAUGUCAUCAUUGGCCCCCUGUUUACUGGCAAAACCACCGAUUUACUCCGUCGUAUCGAAUCUGAGAGCAGCAGCGGCAUAAAUGUGGCAAUGAUAAAAUCAAGCAAGGACACAAGAUAUGCAAACGAUUCGAUGGUCACGCAUGAUGGCUUGAAAUUUCCUUGCUGGUCUUUGCCAGAUCUCACCUCUUUCCAUCACAAGCUUGGAGAGGAUGAAUAUCACAAGCUUGACGUGAUUGGCAUUGAUGAGGCUCAAUUUUUUGAAGAACUUUAUGAAUUCUGUUGCAAGGCUGCUGAUCAUGAUGGGAAAACUAUAAUUGUAGCUGGCCUUGAUGGGGAUUAUUUGAGGAGGAGCUUCGGAUCUGUGCUUGAUAUAAUACCGCUUGCUGAUACUGUAACAAAGCUGAUUGCAAGGUGUGAACUUUGUGGCAAGCGAGCCUUAUUUACCUUGAGGAAGACAGCAGAGACCCAGACAGAAUUAAUUGGAGGGUCUGAUGUCUACAUGCCUGUUUGCCGCCAGCACUAUGUCAGUGGGCAAGCAGUCAUAGAAUCAAUAAGGAACGUCCUUGAAUCCUAAAAGGUUCCCACUGACUCCCAUAUUUAGGUAGCUGCAGUCAUGUAAUGUGCUGUCUGGGAGCCCACGCGUGGCUUUUCCAUUAGCUAUCUAUUUUAUCUGCAGAUUGCAGUUUGUGUACAAUGCUGAAUUGGGGGCUUCCAUCGCUCCAGAUAAGUUGAAAACAUCAAUGUACUGAUCAUAAUAUAUAGUAUGAAAUGAGAAUUCCUACAUAAAAUCUUUGUUCAUUUA